AUGGUAGAGCUUACUGAUGUUGUCUUUUUUGGUCCGAGGACAACAUCAACCGUCUUACUCAACCCAAACUCUCUUAAUGGCAGUUGUCGGAGUCCGAUGGUCGAAUUUCAGGCAUCAUGCUACCUAUACGUACACCAAUCAGAAGACUUUGUUAGUGCUAUGGAAGUUUGUCGAGAAUUUGAUGGGUACCUCGUGGAAAUACAAAGUUCAGCAGAGGACACAUUUCUUGUAUCGCUUAUUAACAACGUAACAGCCCCAGGAUCUAACCCCGACGUAUGGACGGGCGGUAACGACAUGUUCAGUGAGGGUCAUUGGACGUGGUUGAAUAGCGGAAUCAAGUUCACCUACACGAACUGGUAUCCAGGCAAUCCGUCCAACUCGUGGGGUCAAGAGAACUGCAUGCAGUUGCACUUUUUUGGAGGAGUCUACAAAUGGAAUGACAGAGACUGCCUCCACAAGACGUAUUUCAUCUGCGAGUCAGAAUCCAGCACUGAUCCAGGAGUGAUCGGAUGACGACUUCCAGGAAGCGAACUGUAGAAAUAGAGCUCAGUCAAUAAAUACGUGGUGAUGAUAUUGUGC